CCGUUACUUUGGGACACCGGUCAUGUGUUGGAUGUUAACCGUUGCUGUUGGAGCUCAGAGCAAGAGGAAACAUGAGCGCUGUCUGUUUCUGAAGGGUAAUUUUUUCUUCUUAUUAUUUUUGACGUUUCUGAUCCAGAUUAGCAAAAUGAGAGAGAAGGGGAGCAAAAGAAUGUUAAAUAUCUCCCAAACAAAUGCGCCAAAUGCUGCGAUCGAACUGCAGCCAUGCAUAGUUCAGCUGAAUUUCUAUCGGGACACUUACAGAGAGUUGCUUGCAGAUUCUUAAUUGUGCUUCAUCCGAAUAUUGGUUUAUUUGCGCCGUUUUCAUCCCAUGCAACCCUUACGAACCAUGGCAAGGCUGCGGAGGAAGGCUUGCGUUGCCCUGUUUCUUUUCACCCUCUUCAUUUUCGGGUCUCUGAUGGGACUGAGGACCCUGAAGCCUACUGACGGAUUCUCGGAUCUGGCUCCUGGCUUGGAGCUCUUGCCGAUCUUAGGAGGGAGGAUGUCCCGGGAAGCCACCGCGUCCCCAGUCCAAGCCCGCCCGCAAGGGGGAAACACAAAAGCAGUUUUGUCCAACUCUGGUCCAGAGGGAACAAUAUUCUACGAUGUUCACAUCUUUUACUACACUUGGUACGGCAGCCCUCAUAUGGACGGGAAAUACAUCCACUGGGACCACAUCCUGGUCCCACACUGGGACCCCAAGGUCGCAUCCAGCUACCCGAGAGGAAAACACAUGCCGCCCGAGGACAUCGCCUCCAGUUUCUAUCCGGAGCUGAAUUCGUACAGCUCCCGGGAUCCGGACGUGUUGGAGUCCCACAUGGAGCAGAUUGGAGCCUCCGCGGCAGGGGUUCUAGUGCUGUCUUGGUAUCCUCCCGGCCUCGCUGACGACAACGGGGAACCCGCUGAGGAUUUGGUGCCAGCUGUACUGGAUGCUGCAUACAGACACAGCCUGAAGGUUGCAUUUCAGAUCCAACCCUACAGAGGAAGAAAUGACCAGACUUUGCAUGAAAACAUCAAGUACAUCAUUGACAGGUACGGUGAUCAUGGAGCCUUCUACAAGUUCACUUCCAGCACAGGGAAAAGUCUUCCUCUCUUCUACAUCUAUGACUCCUAUCUGACUCCACCAGAGUCCUGGUCUGAUUUUCUGACUCCCACCGGCUCCCAUAGUGUGCGCGGCUCCCCAUACGACUCCAUGUUCAUCGCUCUGAUUGUUGAGGAGCGUCACAAGCAUGACAUCCUGGCAGGUGGCUUCGACGGAAUGUACACUUAUUUCGCCUCCAACGGCUUCUCCUUCGGCUCCUCCCACCAGAACUGGAAGGCCAUUAAGGCCUUCUGUGACGGGAACAACCUCCUCUUCAUCCCCAGCGUUGGACCCGGUUACAUCGACACCAGCAUUCGACCGUGGAACAACCACAACACUCGCAACAGGGUGAACGGUCGCUACUACGAGACGGUUCUGCAGGCGGCACUCAACGUGAGGCCGGAGAUCGUCACCAUCACGUCUUUUAACGAAUGGCAUGAAGGGACGCAGAUAGAGAGGGCCAUGCCUAAGAAAACCAUGACCCGUGUGUACUUGGACUAUCAGCCACACGGACCUGAACACUAUCUGGAACUGACCCGCCGUUGGGCCGAGCAGUUUAAUAAAGAGAAGCAGCAGUGGCUGAUGUGAGCUUUAGACAGGAUUAUGCUCCACAGUAUCAAAGUGAUCACAGUGGCAGCAAAUGCUCAUUUUUGUGACUAAAACACAGUGUUCCGGGUCUUUUGGGAAAACGCUGAGAAAUUUUGCUGAAUACUUAAUAUUCCAGGACUCUGAAAUGGGCAUGUCUUAUUUGUUCUUGAGCCUCUUAAUCAAAAACAAAAUGUGAAGUCUAUCUCCACAUUAUACAGUUUUUCUCUUCAUCACUAAAGGAUUUUAAAUGA